AUGAAUUCCAGCCAAUUCCUAAAAUGCAUUGGAUUUUAUUUUUCCUUAUGCCAUUUCCCUGUUUCUUUUUCCUUCUUUUCUUUAAAUCAUUAUUAUAUUACUUUGUUAAUCCAGUAUUUUUUCUUUUCUCUUUUCUCUUUCUCUCUCUUUUUCUCUUUCUCUCUCUUUUUCUCUCUUUUUCUCUCUUUUCUUUUCUCUUUUCUUUUUCUCUCUUUUCUCUCUUUUCUCUCUUUCUCUCUCUCUCUCUUUUCUCUCUUUUUCUUUCUCUCUCUUUUUCUUUCUCUUUCUUCUCUCUCUUCUCUCUCUCUCUUUUUCUUUCUCUCUCUUUUUUCUUUCUCUCUCUUUUCUUUCUCUCUCUUUUUCUCUCUCUCUUUCUUUUCUUUCUCUCUCUUUUCUUUUCUCUCUCUUUUUCUUUUUCUCUCUUUUCUCUUUCUCUCUCUUUCUUUCUCUCUUUUUCUUUCUCUCUCUUUUCUCUUUCUCUUUUUCUUUCUCUCUCUUUUCUUUCUCUCUCUUUUUCUUUCUCUCUUUUUUUUCUCUCUCUUUUCUCUCUUUUUCUUUCUCUCUCUUUUUUUUCUCUCUCUUUUUUCUUUCUCUCUCUUUUCUUUUUCUUUCUCUCUCUUUUUCUUUCUCUCUUUUUUUUUUCUCUCUUUCUUUUUUCUCUCUCUUUUCUUUCUCUCUCUUUCUCUCUUUUUUCUUUCUCUCUCUUUUUUUCUCUCUCUCUCUUUCUCUCUUUUUCUUUCUCUCUCUUUCUUUCUCUCUCUUUUUUUUUCUCUCUUUUCUUUCUCUCUCUUUUCUUUUCUCUCUUUUUUUUCUCUUUUUUCUUUCUCUCUCUUUUCUUCUCUUUUUCUUUCUUUCUUUCUCUUUUUCUUUCUUCUCUUUUCUUUCUCUCUUUUUCUUUCUCUCUCUUUUUCUUUCUCUCUCUUUUUCUUUCUCUCUCUUUUUCUUUCUCUCUCUUUUUCUUUGUUUCUCAUUUAUCCUUUUUUCGUUUGCUUUCCUCUUUUUCUUUUCCUUUUUUUUUUAUUUUUCUAUCUAAUCGAGUAA